AAGACCGUUUCAAAGCGCCACCAUCCACACUGCCAGAUCCUCUUUCAUGGGGUGACAUCAUGGACGCACUGGAUAAUGGGCUAGAGGACAUAGAGCCAUUCACUUUACAUCAUCCCUGGAGCAUGAAUGUCAUCGACAAAGUAGAGGAGCAGAAGCUAGAGGAGCAGCAGAGAGAGGAGCAGAAGGAAGAGGAGCAGAACGUAGAGGAGCAGCAGGUGCAGGCUAAAAUCCAGAAGCAGCCUGUUCAGAAGAAGAAGGUCCCUGAGAAACGCAUCAGCAAAAACAAGAAGACAUUCACACUCCUACUGAGGAAUUUGGACGGCAGCGUGGAAGACGAGCGCCUACAGGAGGAAUUCAGGCGAUUUGGGACAGUCAUCAACGCAAAGGUCAUGAUGAAGAAUGGCCGUUCAAGUGGCAAGGGCUUCAUCACCUUUACAUCUCGUGAUGAAGCCAGAAAAGCCAUCGUCACCAUGAACGGCAGGCUGUUGGGCAGCAAGCCUGUGUACGUGAGUCCGGCUCAGAGUAGCCGCACUAGACAGCUGACCAUCCAGCCACAGGAUGCCGCUCCAGAGAGACAGGAAGAGCCUCGGCGAGAAAAGAAGAUGCCGGAGAAGACGAUCAGCAGAGUACAAGCAAAGACUGGCGAAAUCUUCGUGAAAAAUUUGGACUACAGCGUGGAUGACGAGUUCCUGCACGACUAUUUCCAACCCUUUGGAAGCGUCAUCAGAGCAAAGGUGAUCAUGGAGAAUGGGCGAUCGAGAGGCAGAGGAUUUGUACAGUAUACCACUCCUGACGAAGCCAGAAACGCCGUAGAAAUGCUGAACGGGAAGAUCCUGGGCGGGAGGCCAUUGCAUGUGGCGAUAAACAACGAGCAGCACAAGACUUCCUUUGCCUGGACGCAGAGGGUGCAGCAACAUCGUCGUCCCUGUGUCGCGCCAGCAACCAAAUAAAUUAAUAAACCUUGUCAAAAAUGUAACAAAA